AACACUAACCCCAAAUGAUUGGCCAGAACAGAAAAGGACUUGCCCCUGUAUUAACCACGUGACAUUGAGACAGACGUUCCAAAGUUAAAAACAGACUUUGUUUAUUUUCUAGGUUGCUGCGGAAAGGUCCACGGAUUAUUUUCUAUUUGCGCAUCGGUUCCCCCCCAUGCUCUUGUCAGAUUUAUUCUGAAAGGAGUAGUAGAUAUAUAUUAAUUUCAUUUUAAAAAGUGUCGAAUUGAUUUGACAUUCAUUUUUCUACGGCAUUUCAUAUGUGUUGGGUAUUAUAGCUGACGUUAUAUAGCACGAGCAAGCAAGCUGCUAGAGGGCCAAACGGUGUGGAUCGCUAUCAAACGGUAAACAACCAGUUCAAGAGAGCGCCAUGGCGACCGAAGUGGAGACAUGGACCACCGUUCAAAAGCACGAUGGGGUGUUAUCCUUUGACGAUGAUGUGGAUAUGGACCAUCCCUAUUGCGAUGAGGACGAGGCGGCGCUCGAGGCGGAGGUGAACGGCAACUGGACGCCACAGGAGAAGGCGCUCCACGAGGCGCGGCUGAAGGCCAAGGCCAAGCGGCGUGUGCGCAAGUCGUCAUCCCGCAGCGAGUCGCUCUCAGAGUCGCUGUCGGGUGAAUUGGCCGAUGGCGAUUCCCACAGCCCCAAGGGCAAAGUCCCCGUCCCCAACGACCGCAAGUCCAGGACAGGCAAGGGCCGGGGCCUGCCUAAGAAAGGUGGCGCAGGGGGUAAAGGUGUAUGGGGAGCAGCAGGUAUGGUGUACGAGGUAGAGGAACCAGAUGUCAAGGACCCCAACUACGACGAGAUUGCACAGGGAGACACCGUGUAUGCCACUGUUGUUCCAGAGCUGGACGAGAGGGAACUGGAGAAGACCGUCAACCCCAUCGUACAGGAGUACUUUGAGCACGGGGACACAAAAGAAGUCCAAAUGCUGCUGAGGGAGCUGAACCUGGGCCACCACAAGUACGAGUUCUCCAGCCUGGCUGUGUCUCUGUCUUUGGAGGGCAAGGCCAGCCACCGGGAGCUCACCUCCAGGCUGCUCCGUGACCUGGUCGGCAAGGAGCUCUCGGAGUCCGACAUGGCACGCGCCUUCGACAAGAUCCUCAAAGAGCUGCCCGACCUUAUGCUGGACACGCCAGAGGCUCCACAGAUGCUGGGACAGUUUAUUGCCCGAGCCAUCGCCGACCACGCUCUACCUAUGGCAUUCCUGGACCGCUACAAAGGCAAGGUGGACUGUGACCACGCUAGAGCUGCGUUGGACCGCGCGGCGGUGCUCCUCUCCAUGAAGAGGGAGAUGGUGCGGCUAGACAACGUGUGGGGUGUGGGAGGCGGCCUCAGACCUGUCAAACACCUCGUCAAAGAGAUGAACUUGCUGCUGAAGGAGUACCUUGUAUCGGGAGAGGUGAAGGAGGCGGAACGCUGUCUGCGUGACCUAGAAGUCCCUCACUUCCACCACGAGCUUGUCUAUGAGGCUGUUGUCAUGGUGCUGGAGUCCAAGGGGGACACGGCCGUCAAGAUGAUGUGUAAGCUCCUCCAGGCCUUCUGGAAGAUUGGCCUCGUCACAGUGGACCAGAUGAACCGGGGCUUCCAGCGUGUGUACGACGAGCUGCCAGAGAUCAACCUGGACGUGCCCCACGCCCACUCCAUCAUGGAGUCCUUUACGGACCUCUGCUACCAGGAGUCUGUUAUCACCAAACAGUUGAGAGACUCCUGUCCCUCCAGGGGGCGGAAGCGGUUUGUGAGUGAGGGAGACGGGGGCCUGAUCAAGAACUAGUGUGGAGGAGGGUGUGCUCGGCAUCCCUCUGCCCCUCAAGCCGCAGGCCUGAGGCUGGGCAGGCUCGCGGUCAGACUCCCCUGCUUUAUCUCCAGCCCUUCGUUAUCACCACCCACACACCAACGCUGACAUCAGGUGAAGGAGGACCGAGGAGACGGGCAAUCUUUUACUUUAUUUUUUUUACUUUUUCGGUCAUUUUUGUGUAAGAUUUUAUUUUUAAUUCUGGGUUUGGUGAUCAUUCUUUUCAGUCUGUUCUUUGAGUGAGUCAAGGCCCUGGAUAAGGGGGGGGGGGGGGGUCAAAUGGAGUCACUUAAGCUGGGGUUAAGGGUCAAUGGAAAGUGGAAAAGGGAUUAUGUAUUGUCUUGUGCUGGGCACGGGUUAUUUGGGCUUUUUUUGUUUGUUGCUAUACCGGUGACUCUCUAAUUUUCUUUUCGCUUUGCAUGUAUAACGCUCAUAAAAAUGAAUAAAAAAAACAAAGACGACUCGUCAUCAGCAUACUGCAUCGCAAGCUCUUUAUGAAUUGAAUCGCUCUUUGGAAUGACAUGGACCUCUGCAUUUGUUUGCCCAAACGUUUCUGUAAUUACACAAAGACAAAGUUUAUAUGGUUUUUAAUUUUUGAUGGUGAUUUUGCUCAGUCAGUUGGGUUAUUUAUCUGUCCACUCCACAGGCAGGGUUCUUAAACUGUUUUCAGCACAGCAGCAGUCACAAAAGCCUGUCGGGUUUAUAACUAGAGCCCAGAUCAGGACCUUCCUGCCUUCCCCUUAGUGGAAGGCCUCUCCCUUCUAGUACACUAAUUGAGUGUCAGAAUGGGAGGGUUAGCGUCUUUAAAUAUACAGUACAAAUACGCGGGGUCUCUAGAACCCCUCUUCCUUUCGCUGAGCUGUUGACAGAAACUGGAACACCCUGGAGGCUUUUGUGUCUGUAUUGUGAUGUUUAAUUCUCAUACUCCAACUGUUACAUGUCAUCUAGUGGAACCUGUACAAUCUGUUUUAGGCAGACCUGGGUUUAAAAAGGUUUAUCAAAUACUUUGUGCUUUAUUAGACUUGUCUGGCACAAUGAAACCAAUGAAUUAAGUCUCCCUACCUUUUCAGGCACUCCAGGCAGGCUACAUCAAAUGCUCAACGAGUAAUUGAAAAUACAUUUGAACCCAUGUCUGGCCCUAGGAGUGCGUGAAGGAAACAAGUCUUAUCGCUGAGCUAGGGUCUCGUAUGAGAAUGCAAUGGAUUUUUCCUGCCUUUGUUGACCAAUAUGUAAAGUAAUAAGCUCAAUCGAAAUGUGAGGGUUCUGGAUGGGGUUAACAGAUUUUUUUUUUUAUGUAACAAAACUAGUGAGGUUGAGUGUCAUCACCCCUGUUUUGUUUACAUAAACUGGUUUGGGAAUGGCUUUAAGAAUGAGCUAGAAGUGAGUGGUCAUCGCCACCUAGGGCUGAGAGGAGGCGCCUGACGUCAGCGUUUACUCCUAGUCAUCAGCUCUGAACCACCUGUUCCUGAUUGCCAUUAUCCAUUUCACUUAUUUUACAGUGUUUUGUUUUGAAAAGUUCAUAGCAGAUACAGUUGUUACAUAUACAAUCACACCCAACUACAGUUUAUGGAUUUCAAUGCAUUUGUGAAUGCAUUUCAAAAAGAAAAUGUGGGUUUUUACACACAAGCCCCACAGAGCCAUCAUUAUUACUUUAAACUGUUUCCAACUCCUUUCCUCAUGCAGUUCAUUAUACAAUCAUUUCAAUAAAAUUCCAUAUUUCUCUUCA